CGAGAUGCACGGUUGUUAAUUGAAAAAGCUUGGCUGAUCAAGAAUGAGGCCAUUAUCAUCAGCGGGAUGUGGAGAUUUUGGUCCACCUGCUGCGCGUGCGUCCUGAGACUCGCGAUCUCGACCUUGUAGAGUUGAUCCCAACAACGUGGCACAGCCAUCUCUCCUUUCGUUUCUUUUUCUUUCGUAGUAGUAUUCACAAUGCAAGGGGAUAUCGUCGUGUAAUUGCUUUUUAUAUAUGUUUCAGCCCUCGGUGGCUGUUUAUUUUCUCUCACAUAAUUCUCCUUCCGUUUUCAUCUUUCUUCAACUUGUUAACACAGACCAUGCUCUGCCCCGACCAACAUCAUCAGAUGCUUCAUUUGGCUUGUCCCGUAUGCCCGAAACUACUACCUUCCUGGUCGACUCACAUACAGUAAGCAAGAACGAAAAAGAGCUCAAACCACCGUUACUUGUCAUGAUCCUAGCUGUUCAAUCCCUGGAAAAACAUGCAGCUCACGGACCCGUGGGUGCUGGAUGAGUGAUUGCGACACAAGAUACGAUUGGCUUGGGCUUUAGCUUCGAUCCUUUUACAAGACGCCAAUUGCGAUUUAGUAAUUCAGCAGCUCCAGGGCUGGUCCUUGACGACGCCAUCGUAAGAUCCAUUAUACCUUGUUGAUGCUCCCGCGAUCACACCUCCGCUUCCAAUAUCCGCAUCUAAGCAACCAACUCCUAUUCCAAUCACUCGACCCCUUCUCCGCUCGAGGGGGCGAGUAGUACUUAUCUACAUACGUUGUUCAUGAUUCCACGUUUCAAGGCCUCUGCUGUUCUUAUAUCACUGUCCAACUUUCGCUGUUCAAAUCCUUCUUGUCCAGCUUGUACAGCAACCAUCCCUACACUCGCCUUAUACCCACGUCCCUGGACUUACAGCCUAACUUGAUCAUCAUAUCAUACCAUGCAUCUCGUUGCCAGGAUGGACCGGGAUGUCCUCCACGGAGGGAAUAUCUGGUCUCCCAGCCCAGUCUUCCAGACGGAGGUUCCUUUCUUUUGGCGGAAGCGACGGCAGCUUUCCAUUGGCGAUCUUCCCGUCGAGAUCUUUACCGCCAUAUGUCGCAAUCUCUGUGUGCAUUGCCAGCAUGCACAUGUCGUCGAUCUCCCGCCAGAUGAGAUCGACCACGCCAUUGAGGCUCAGCAGGCAUUAUCUCGCUUGAGCCGCACGUGUCGACGUUUUCGAAAUACGGCUCAGCCUAUCUUGUACCACUGUUAUCACUCAGGACGACAGUCGGAUUCUUCGAGUAGUCCUGAGUGGUGGGGUGAUACUGAUGCAAGGAGACGAGAAGUUGAGACUCUCGAGGGGUUUCUUCGUACUCUUCUUGAGAGACCUGACUUGGCUAAACAUGUUCGUGCUUUGGCAUUCUUUGCGUUGAGAGAAGUGACUGCUCGUCAGAUCUCUGAAGAAACGCAGGCUCUCUUUCGACAAGCUGGUGAGCGCGCUGGUUUUCGUGCUCUGCCGUCUUAUGAACAUGUUGAUUCAAAGUGGUUGCAAGAAGCUUCCAUUAUGGCUGCGCCUUUCGUGGAGCAACUACUUAUUUACCGAUCAUCACAAGAAGGGCUACAGUACAUAAGAGACUCCCCUUUCUACUUACCAAAUCUCAAGUAUCUAGUAUUGCCAGGCCAGGGCAAGAAUCCUGACGAAUGCUGCCACAUUCAACAAAUGCAGGAUGUCCUAGCCAAAGCACAGAAUCUCGAAGUGUUGGCAGCCAGCGAUGCAGACUGCGGGACAGACAUCCCCCUUCGUGAACGCUUCCGCUCAGAACCAUGGGACACUGCCCUCGCAAGUCUCCGCCGCCUAUCACUACACGGCCUAGACCCCGAUAAUCUCGCCAAAAUCCUUCGCCGAAGUCCAGUUCUCGAAGACCUCGAAUACUUCUGCGAUAUGGACAAAUACACUGUUCUCCAACAUCACCACCUCACCCCCGUUAGUCAAUCAUUACGGCGAUUAUGCUACACCAGCACAACGUGGGAGCACACAUCCGGCGGCGCACAAGAUAUCAUCGAACAAGUAUCUAUGUUCCUCCGCUGGGACUCAUCACUCCGCGGCGACGCCAGCUUCGUCGACUUUCCCCGUCUUGAGAUCCUCGAGAUUGAACAACUUCUCCUUUACGGCCCUGUUUUCGACGAUGAAGAGCGAGAGCAAAGAUUCGAAGCGAUGAAAGAUAUUGGACCUGAGAUUUUCAUGGCGAGUCUCCCUUCAUCACUGCAGAUUCUUCAUAUAGGAAUGGUGUUGGCUUGGCCAGAAAUGCACCGCGACCUACUUGGCAUGGCGAAGAAGGUAUAUCGGUUUCAGAACUUGAGUGUCGUCGCUGUAGAUCCUUAUGAAGUGCCGCCAAAAGAAGAGAUCAAAGAACUUGAAGAUGCUUUUGCAUCAAAAGGCAUUGUUUUUAGAAUAGGGCAGACGACGCAAGUUCCCUUUGGGAGGGGCAUGUUGGGUGUCAGACCAGGACACCCUGAGAGAUCGAGUGAAGGAGAUCUCAAGUUUCCGUUGAAUCAUAGGAAUCCGUCAUAUCUGGACUUUUUGGACUUUUAGAUAAUAAAUAUGUCUACGGCUUAAGCACAUGCAAUGAGAUUACUUGGUGAAAUUACGUUGCUGAUGGAUGGAGUAAUGGCCUGAUGCCGCUAUCUCAUGAUGCGAUUUCGGCUCAUUUAACGACUAUAUGAUACUAUCAUCUCAUCCAUAGCCGUGAGUUUGGCAUGUGCUUCUAGUGACGAUAAACUACCGGAACACUCUCUAGCCACACAUGUGAGGUCGAAAUAUCGAUGUCUACAAGUGAUAAGAAUUGGAUGACUCUUGGGGAAGUUGGUUGGCAAGAUCGACAUGUUCGCCAAGACUUAUGACAGCCGACACUGGCAAAACGACCAAAGAGUCAGAUUGACUUUCAUCUGUUCUCUCAGGUACUACCAGUCGAGCUCUUUGCCUGUGGGCUGACGAGAGUGACUCUACAAUCCAGCGAUAGGUUCGCCGGUGUACGCUUUAACUAGGUAUACGGGUGGUGUUGAGACUUCUAUGCAUCUCGCGGAUUUUGGCCUCCUCGAGGAGUGCCUUCUAAUUGAAGUCGUCCACAACUUGAGUUCAAUUGACUCAAGUGAAGAUACACCGAAAUGGUACAAUUGUCGAACGUCAUUUUAGCACACGUUGGGAGUUAACUUUUAGGUUGGAAACAUGGUUCAUGAAUUGUUGAAUGUGGAAGAUAAUAUUCAUCUGGACUACAUACGCUCAUUACCCGCGAACGGGCAUCUUCAUAUACACAGUAAACAUCCGAUAAAGGACGCAUCUAGAACAACCAAGAGACGAAGGUCUUGUAGAACCAUCCUCCACGGUUGGGACCCUCGGCCUCACGCUUAGCGGCCUGAGCAGCCAAGAACUCCUCCUCCUCACGAUCAAUAACAUCCUUUCCAGUGUAGAAGUCGGCCUCAUGGGGCUUGACACCGCGAGACUUGGUGAUGAACUUGUGGCCAAAGAUGAGGAUCAGGUACACGGGAAUACCAAGGUAACCAGUGAUGAAAGUCUUGUACUUCUCACCACCAAAGAUCUUGCCAGUCUCUUGAUCCCUGACGAAAACGUCGUAGUUCUUGGUGAGGGCGAUGAGAAUGCACAUGGAGAGAGCAGCGAUGGAUCCCCACAUGCCGAAGGGGGCGACGUAGGGAAGAGCUUCGUUGGCGAGGCCUUGGGCCUUCUUGGCGCGGCACCACCAGAUGUGAGUUGUGAGGAUAGAGAUCCAGGACAUGAGACCGAAGAUGGUGGUGAGGUUGACGAAGUAACCGAAAACCUUGGUCGAGUCGUCUGCAACGUUCAUGAAAGCCAGGAGACAGAACGAAGCAGACAUGGCAAGGGCGUAGAUGGGAACACCGUGCUUGUCAGUCUUCUUGAAGAUAGCAGGGGCUGAACCGUCGGAAGCAAGACCGUAAAGAGUACGGCUAGCAAUGUACAGAUCAGAGUUGGAGGCGGAGAAGACGAAGACGCAGAUACAAGCGUUGACGAUGUGAGGGAGGACCUUGACACCAGCGAUAUCGGCAGCGACGACGAAGGGAGAGGCAGAAGCACCGGUCUUGGCCUUGUUGGCAAAGGCAAGCUCCUCGGAGUUGUAGGGGACGAUCAUUCCGACGAGGAGGACGGAGAGACAGUAGAAGAAGAGGAUUCGGUAAAAGGUCAGCUUGAUGGCGCGAGGGACGGUCUUGCGGGGGUUCUGAGCCUCAGCGACUGUUACACCGACGAGCUCAGUUCCGAGGUAGGCAAAGGUAGCAUUGACCAUGCAGGACCAGAAGCCGAGGAAUCGUCCAGCGUCGCCAGUCAUGAUAUAAGGCUUGAAGGCGCUGUUUUCGUUAGCAAGGCUCAGAGAGAAAGAGUAGAGAGUUGGGGAACAUACCCAGGGUUGCUCCAGUAUCGGAAACCCUUUCGGUCGUGGUCAGGACCACCGCCAAGAGCGAGAACCAGAGAGAAGAGGAUGAUUCCAAUGAUGACGAUGACCUUGAACGAAGAAAGCCAGAACUCGAGUUCACCGAAGAAUCGAAUGCCGAAAUAGUUGAUGACGCAGAUGGUGACUAAAAAGAUGGCGAUAAAGACACCUGGAUUGACUGUGUCUCGAUCAACCCAAUAUUGAAUGACCAACGCAGCAGCACUCGCGUGACCUCCAAGAUGUCAGAAAUACAAUACUCACGUCCAACCAAGCGCAAAGCCAAGCGAAGGAUCACAGAACCGAGAAGCAUAACCAGUGAAACCAGCAGACAUGGGGAGCCAAGCAGCCAUCUCACCAAGCGCAGCCAUGACGAGGAAGACGACAAAACCAACGAGCGUAUAACAGAUGAAGACAGAACCAGGACCAGCUUGAGCC